AUGAUCAGUAGACCUGGAAAUGGCGUUUGCAACAACAGUGCAAGGGAGGACCUGGUGACCUUUGAUCCUGUAGUUCCCGUACACCCAGCCCAAAAGGACGUUAUCCUUCGUUACACUCUAGGGACACAGGUGGCCGCCAACCCUCUAGACUGGGUUGGCAUAUUUAAGAGUGGUUGCUGGGACACUGACAACCCGCUGACCUGUCAGUGGGCCCCCGUAGAGCCAUCAGACGGAGCCAUGGUGCGAGAGAGGCAUGUAGUAUUUCCCGCCAAGUUCAUACAGGCUCUACAGGACCAAACAGAAAGCUGCCAGUUUUUGUACGUCAGCGGGAGCGGCCAUAUUCUUGGCGCCAGCCAGUCCUUCAAGGUUAUGGACGCUGGGGAAUAUCAGAAGGCCCUUACACGGACUGCCUCCCCUGAUGCCGAAUCACGUGAUGCUCAUACAACGAAUGCGGACGCCAACUCUUAUGUGAACAUAUCCAGUGAGCUCUUGUCCUCGGACGACGAAUGGGAGCUGGCCACUCACGAGGAGCUGUGCAAGACCAACUCGUCCACUUCAGAUUUGUCUGACAUCGAAAUUCUCUCCACGUCGCCGUCGAAGGAAGCUGUGAAGAUGAAGGUGUCGGCAGCAGAAGAUGACGACGUCUGUGAAUUUUCGAACAUUAACACAACCUGCGCUGUCGCCGAGGACGCCACUCCCGACAGCUGUAACGACCCGCGACACAUGAUUGCUGUUUCGGAACUGCAGCCAACUUCGCUUUAUCAAAGCAUUAAUGGAGUUUGUCAACCAGAACCGGAAAUGGUUGAAACCAAACGGAAGCUUAAAAAACGUAUCCAAAUGGGUCCAGAAUACGUGGACAAUAAUCUAGCUGUAAAUACUACUAUUAAAGAAAGUUCUAAAGUUAAGAAACUGAAAAAGUCGAGUACAGCUUCAAAAAAGACAAGUAAACCGAUUAGUAAAUCUAAAAAGAUGCUAAAUGCACCAGCACCUGUCGUUAAAAUGCACGUUAGUAAUUGCCAAAUCGUUGAUUCCGAAAGUUCAUCUGACAGCCAAGAAAAUUCCUCUGUGUUGCAAAACUGCAACCUGCGAAAGAGAAAGCGGAAAAACAACACAGAAAAGAGCAAAUGGCAUCCUGUGGAACACCAUAAUAUCCUGUUGUCGUCAGAAUCGGAAGAAGAAAUUCAGCAGUCAAAUACAAAGAAAGCGAAGCGAAAAAGAACUAGACCAAAAGCGGAAGAAUCGCAAACACAAACGUGUAAUCGGCUAACUUUGAGACAACAGGAACAAUCUGAUUGUAAGACAACCGAGAUAACUGAUAAAUUGAACAGAAAAGUUGAAAUUAGCCAGAUGGUCGAUCAUAACCAACCAGAGAAGGAGUAUGUUAACAAUACAAAAACCGGUCACGGCAUGAAAACGAUAGAUGAAAGAUGGAGGGAUUUUGACGAAAACAAGACACAUAAGGCAAAUCCGUGUAACUUCCAGGCUGUAGCUUCCCCAGAUGAGAGUAAACUUAUUUCGAGAAAGAGAAAGAAAAUUGAUGAUAGUAUCAAAUAUCGAGAUACUGCCUGUCUCAUGGUGUCUGCCCCUGAUAAGAUGUAUUCUAGAAAAGAAAUGGAUGCAAAUACAGAGUUUAAAAAUAUGUCUUCUAAUCCUCAUAAUAUGAAAUCCCAACAGAACACAACGAUAAACUCCAAAAUAGCGAGGAACUCAGAUAAAAACAGAAAAUACACAGUUAUCCCCCUUCGUCUGGAAGAAGGGACUUCCGUAGAUAGAAUUAUGACACACUCUGGGUAUAUUGAUGAAAUGAGAAAAUAUAAAGUUAUUCCCAUUGAUAACAGUUUGAAUCCCCCAGAGAAAAUCACUGCAAACUCUACAUUAAACAGAGAUGAUGGGCACUUAAUUAAUAACUCUUCUAUUAAAAUGCACAAUUGGAUAUUUGGCGAAGAAAUAAACUACAACACAAAAAUUAACAAUUUUGAUGAACGUGAAAAACAUAACACUGCUAAAAGUAAUCUACAGAUCGUCGAGUCCAUGCAGCAGUUCAGGACAGACCUCAAAGCUGCUGAUGAUGUUUGUGAAGAGAAGAGUGAGAAUAUUUCUAUUUCCUCAAACUACGAAGGAAAAAAUGAUGACAUUUCUAUCUGCAACCUACAAGAUAUAGAAUUAGUUAAGAAGCGGCGGGACGACUUCAAACUAACGCGGUGUAACGGCGCUAAAUGUUUUCAGGACAAUACAGAGAACAGACUGAAAGGUAGACAGUUGGCAAAGAAACUAAAAACCAGUCCAAAAACAUCUUCUAACUUUGAAAAUAAUCUGAGGGCUACAGCAGCUUUGAAUGAGCAUAAAAUAAAGGAAAGUUUAAACACGCAGAAGCAGAAGCUGGCCAAUCAAAGAAGAAGCUCUGAGCUUGGAGAGACAGGAUGCAAGAUCUUGAAAACCUCAGAUGUAGGAGGUCAUCGGUAUUGCGAUGGGGAUUGGGAAGAAAAUAGGUCGGAUCUGUCUGGCGUAUGUCCAUGGGAUAUCUCAUCCAAAGAAACAAAGGCGUCGACAACUCUAGACUGUUAUCCAGACAGAGUAGAGAAGAAACGCCAGCGUAAGGUUAAAACCAGAAGAACGAAGGAGUCGCAGAGGAAACGGAAACAAAUCAAGACUGAAGAUGGACUGGCUGUGACAAGAUUUGAUCAAGGUCAAACACAGGAGAGCCACCAAAACGCUAGCCAGAACAUUACCGUCACGAAAGUCACCGAAAGUCUGGCUCUGAACGGAGCAGAGAAGCUAGGCUGGCACAACGGAGAAAUACCCGAGGCAGAUCUGACGGUGGGUAGUAACAGCGCCAUGCAUGAUGUCUCUGGCACCCCCUGCAGACAGAAGCCGACAUUUGAGGUCAACGAUGAGCGCGUGUGUGAUACAGAUCGUCAUUAUCUAAUGUCAGGUGGUUCAUCGGUGGAUGGAAUGGGGUCACCUGGUCAGCGGCUCAGAAAAGAGAAAACCUCCCUGUCCAAGAUCAAAGGGUCACAGUCCAGGUUCAAAGCCAAGUAUAAAUGCCAGGGGCGCACCCCCAGUGGCCUGCAAUGUUUAAGAAGGGGUGAGAUAUCCAAAUGGCGAAAACUCUGCAGAUUGCUUCUAGUGAACAGACGGAGGUUCAAAGCUGCCCAUGGAACGACUGAAACUGGUGAUGAAUACGGCACGAUUGCUGAGUUAGAAAAUACAGAAAGUAGCACGGAGUGUGCUGUACCCAAGGUAACGACCAGGGAAGAGCUGUGUCUACAGGUGCAGAACCCAGCUCAGUCGCUGGCAAUCAGUGGGUCGUCCAAUGUCCGGUCGAUGGAGGCUAAGGGCAGACAAACAUAUGCUAGCGUCGUCAAGGGAACUAAGCAAGCUUCAAGUCCGUUAGAUCAGAAAGUGCAAGAACACACCGUCAUUGACAUUCCUUAUAAUGAAUCCUAUGCCAUCCCUCGUGAUUCAGCGGAAGGUGUCAAAAGUGAAAUAGGACUUGCCGAACUGGAAGAAAGAUCAAAGCUGCUGUGCUACAGUUGUGUUACGAAUGCUGAGGUAUCAAGCAGUCAAACAAUUCUUAAACAGCAGGAUACGACAUUAGAACACAAUCUACAUUCUUUAAUUAUCGGCGAAGAAUUAACUCGGGAUUUUCAACCUGGAAGGUCUGGGAAACUGUCAGUGAGUAGAAACUUCGAAGCCCAAGCGGGUUCAGAAAAUGGAAUAUCAAGUAGUGAUUCAAACACAUGUGGACACACAUAUAUGGCCUCCUGUGAUAUAAAUAAUGCCAUUUUGGCAGCAAAGACCAAGGAAAAAGAGAACGCUGUAGGAACACGUGUGGGAGAUGAACGAGGGGGAAAAGGUUAUCUUGGAACUUCACGCGAACGAGCUGAAGCAGAUGGGGCAGAGGGGAAUGAUGUAAUUCUCAACUGGCCUUUGCCAGCGGCGUGUGCAAGGACUUCUUUGGUAGAAGAGCACCCUGAAUGUGGACCCGAAACUCCUCUUAAAGCAGAAUGCAUCUUAACCAAUCAUACACUAGCUACUGUUGUACCACCUGCCUGGCGAACUGAACAGUCUCAGACUGGACACAGAGGUAUGGAUACACCAGUCGAGGCCAGCAUGUCUAGCGAGUUUGAACUCUCAUCUUCUCAGGCGGGACAGGCAGAGUUGGUAGACAUUGAUGCCGCCGAGAAAAGUACAGAAAUUGGACAACCACCUCAGUCGCGUAGUGACCAAGUAACGGAUGAUCAGCCACUGAUCUGGCCUCUCCCAGUUUUCAAGAGCUCAUCUUCCAAGUUUGGACUCGGAAACGCUCUAGGAUAUCAAGCGGACGAUUAUCAAAUGAACAGCUACGAGUCUGACCAGAGAGAUGACCUCCCACCCACGUGGUCAGUUCCCCCAAUUUUUCCCGACGUCCCUUCCUUUGUGGCACCAAUCCAGUCACAGCUGUGCAUUCCCAGGACCUGUGGUCUUCGAAACAACUUAGAGAUUAAGGCAGCCACGGGUGCCAGCGCUAAGGAUCAUAGUUGCGAACUCGGUCCCACAGAUUCCAGGCCUCAUCGGCAAACCGCUGAACUGAGACAGCGAGUG